CUCGAUCGAGUUGAAGCUUGGCCGGUCGAGUUGAGGAACUCGACCGGUUGGUCGAGCUGGUCUUCAAGAUGGCUUCUCCCUUCUUCCUUUGCGUAUCCAGUUGAGCUGCGUCCAUGUGCCAAGUCCCUCCAUGCUCCUCAUGUCCCAUAUGCUCCAGAAUGCUCCAAAAGACCUAUUUCAAAGGACCAAACAUGCAUAUGUAUGCAAAUGCAACCUAAAACUAACAUGAAUGCAUAA